AGUUAUUGCAAGGGACAGGAUAUCCAUCUGCACAGCAAAACCGUGCACUGAAUGCACAAUAUUUUUUAAAAAUACAUUGCAGAAAAAAACAAAACGUCAUUAUAAUGCCUGGGAUGAUGGAUAAAGGGUCGGACUACCUUGGGAAAGGUCGGUCUAACGGGACGAAAAGCCCCUCAAACGCCUCGAAUGGCCAUUUUUCUGAUGAGAGUGGCAGCGACGACGAGCACGAUGUCGGAAUGCGUGUGGGAUCCGAUUAUCAAGCCAGUAUUCCUGAAUAUGAUCCUGGUUCCACCAAAUACAGUGAUAAAGACACUGGAGGCAUGUUGGUGUGGUCUCCAUAUCAUACUAUUGUUGACACUAAGUUGGAUGAAUACAUUGCCAUUGCAAAGGAAAAACAUGGCUAUAAUGUGGAGCAGGCUCUUGGCAUGCUCUUCUGGCACAAGCAUAACAUUGAGAAGUCCCUGGCAGAUCUGCCCAACUUCACCCCUUUCCCAGAUGACUGGACAGUGGAGGACAAAGUGCUGUUUGAGCAAGCUUUCAGCUUCCAUGGCAAGAGCUUUCACAGGAUCCAGCAGAUGUUGCCAGACAAAUCCAUAUCAAGUCUUGUGAAGUACUACUAUUCAUGGAAAAAGACCAGGUCCAGGACAAGCUUGAUGGACAGGCAAGCAAGAAAGCUGGCAAAUCGAAGUAAUCAUGAUGAAAGUGAUGAAGAAAUGGAGGAAGCUAAUCCUGUUGAGGCAAACGACAGUGAUUAUGACCCUACAAAAGAGACGAAGAAAGAGAGCCAUGUUGAGCCACAGAUAAUGAGCUCUAAGAUCAGCAUGGGCCGGCGAGACCAUCAGACUCUGCAGCAUCGGCACCACUCGCAGCGCUCCAAGUGCCGUCCACCCAAAGGCAUGUACCUCACACAGGAGGACGUGGUGGCUGUGUCCUGCAGCUCCACCGCUGCUAACACUGUCCUCCGACAGCUCGACAUGGAGCUUGUCUCCCUUAAAAGACAGGUCCAAAAUGCCAAGCAGCUGAACAGUGCUCUGAAACAAAGGAUUGAAUCUGGAAUUGAUGAGUACCGGCUACCUGAGUCCAACCAAAAAGUUAAUGCCCGCUGGACAACAGAUGAGCAGCUGCUUGCUGUUCAAGGUGUUCGCAAGUACGGCAAAGACUUCCAGGCCAUCGCAGAUGUUAUUGGCAAUAAAACAGUGGGGCAGGUCAAAAACUUCUUUGUGAACUAUCGGCGCCGUUUUAACCUGGAGGAGGUGCUGCAGGAGUGGGAAGCCGAGCAGGGAACUCGUGCCCCCAACGGAGACAGCACAGCUGCUGGGGAGGACGGAAAAAACAGUUCCAACCCACCUUCAGGAAAGAGCACAGACGAAGAGGAGGAGGAGGGUCAGGUGACACCUGCCUCUGGACCGUCUCCCAUAGCUGUAUCUUCGUUGACCAUGGCAGCAACAAGCAGCAGCACCUCCUUGAAUCAGCCUCCACCUUUACUACGGCCCUCUUUGCCAGCCACUCCUGCACUGCACCGCCAGCCUCCACCCCUCCAGCAGCAAGCCCGUUUCCUGCAGCCUCGUUCAGCUCUGAACCAGCCACCGCCACUCAUUCGGCCCUCCAACCCACUCCCCCCACGCCUCAAUCCCCGCCCUGCUGCACCCACCAACACCAGCAUGGGCCCACAGCCCCCCACAUUAGUGGGCAUCCCAUCUGAAAACCCAUCGUCCUCUCUGCAUUGAGCAUGAGCAUCACACCCAGAGUUUAGAGUGAGUAAGAAGCACUCACAAAUUUCUUUCGUUGAUUGAAUUUGUGGAUUGUUUUCUAUUAAUGUUUUGUUAUAGUCAUUGAAGGGCAGUAUUGAUUGAUUAGACAAGAGACAAAUUAAAAGAAAAACAUAUAAGGUGUGUUAGUAAAGUGUUGGUCCACCACAAUGUGCCAGAACAAUUGUAGUGUUUCUUGCCAUAGAUUUUCCAAGUCUCUGGAACGGUGCCGGAGUGAUGAACACCAUUCCUCCAAAAAUAUAUAUUUGGUAUUUUGAUGAUGAUUUAUGAUAAUGACUGUGGUGGUGGUGAAGAGUGCCAUCAGUUGGGUUGAGAGAUGCUGACUAUAAAGGCCAAAAUUUUACAUCUUAUUCACACUAAUCAAACCAUUCAUUGAGCCCUUUUGCCCUGUGAAUGGAGAUGGAGUCAUCCUGGAAGAGACCCCUCCCAUCAGGAUAGAAAAGUUUCAUCCAAAGUGGUUUCAGAAGAACUUUAUACUGAUUUGUAGAGACUCUUUCCUCUAAGGGAUAAGUGGACCUAAACCAUGCCAGAAAAAGCCCUUACAGCAUUAAAGAGCCACUGGGUUUUCCUUUAAUUUGUCACCAGUCUGCAUGUGCGUAAUAUUAGCCUUUGACUGGUGUGUGUGUGUGUCUGUCUGUCAUGUUUAUUUCAAUAUUGUGUAACGGUCCCUUUUUAAAAUGUUUUAAUCAUAACAUGUUGAUCUUCAUACAAGUGGCAAAGACAACUGUGUUCUAUAAAUUUGUCUCACAGUGAGAUUGCCUCAAACCCAAAAGUCCAGGAGGUGGGGCUGAUCCAAUUCCUAUAACCCUAACCCAUGAGACACUCUACAGCACAGAACAAUACAUUUAUCCAGCCUGAAACACACGGAGUUGUCUCCACCUCCCGGACUUUUGGCUCAAGUCUGUCCAGGCAGAAGGAACUGGAUUAGGUCUGAUUUCACCCCCUGGACUUUUGAUUCUGCAGUGACUGGUACAUGCUCGCACUUAGAAACUGAUAACGAGUGGUGUUUGUUUGUUUGUUUUUUAAGUUUAUUAUAAAAGGGGUGCUCAAGUCCUGCUGUGUUGUUUUUUUUUUUUUUUUUUUCCUUUUCCUGAUGUAAGUGUUCUGUGCACAGUUUUUGUGACUUGUCAUGUGUAUAUAAACAUUAUUUAUUUUUAUACUUGGUGCUAAGGACUACAGACAGAUUAAUGCCUAUUGUCCAGAUCUUUCACCAUGAAAGUGCUCUUAAGGUUUAAGAGAACGUUUGUUUAAAAAUGGACAUUUCAGACUUUGUCACAAGUCUUGAAUCUCUCCACAAACUAUAGUGGUGUUCAGUUCAUGGCCAAGUGAUUUUUCAUUGAGUGGAAUUGGAGACCAUAGAUUAUGAUCUUGUUGAACACUAUGAACACUAAAAAUAGUUGAUAUCAAGGGGUUUUAAACUUUAAGUAUCUUCUCAGUAAAAACUUUCUUUUAUGAACAAUUAUUGUAUGAUAUUAAGCUUAAUAUUUUGGUAAUAUAUUCAAGUUUUUAUGGACCUCGUUUUUAUUAAAAUUAGAUUAGUCAUGAGAUUCCACAAGGCAUUAUUUAUAGAGCUACCUGUUUUUUGAGUUACUGUGGUUUGACCAGUCAAACAAGUUAAUAACUAGUAAUGAAUAUAAGAACAAAAAAUUAUUUUUCACCAACGUAAUAAAAUUUAAGUCAUGGACCCAAUAGUUAUGCUUCACUGAACCCACUUCAAGAGCUAUGGUCUUGCAGCAUCAUGUGCACUCACUUCCAUCCAGCUCUUAUUUAUUUGUAUAUGCGGUUUUUGAAAUCAUUGAAUAAUAUAACAGAUGAUUUGAACCAGAGAUUAAGCUGUUGACUCGGUGUUUGAGUUCAGUCCCAUGCUGGUUGUUCCUUUUCUUAUUAUACCCUGUAGCAUUAAAUUGUGUACCUAUUUUAUGUAGAGGUGUUACUGAUGUGUUUAUUUGCCUGUACAAAAAAAUCAAUACAUGUGCGUCAUUUCAUAAUCAUCAGUGUUUUGCUGUAAUUCCACUUUGUUUUGUUAAUUCAGUCUGUAGAGAUGCUGGGUUUGUGUUGUUCCUGCAUGUCACUAUGUUUGUAAAUUCACUGCUGUGUACGUAUUUUAAUCUUUUUGUGUUGUAUUUUAUCUCAUGUAUGCUCUGUGGUCUGAUUUUAGUCUCUUUUCAUGUAUCAACUUUGUAGUUUCUUUAAUGUAAAUCUCAGUGUCAUUUUUGUCCCUUUUUACACAAUUACCUCUUAGAAUGUCGAAAUUAUUUAUAGCACUGAUUGAUUAAGUAGGAACCACUUUCCUAGUGGAUUAAAACUCUUUCCCUGUAACACUUGACAGACAUAAAUGUCUACUUCCUCUGCAUUUCAGGCAUUAAAAGAGAAGUGUCCUCACUAAA